AUGGGCAAGCUACUGCUCUCCCAGGGCCAGGUCUCUAUAUUAUUUUCCGCCGUGAUCGUGUUUUUGUUCACGCUCGCGCUAUUUCUCAGUGGAUAUGUUCUGCAACAACGCUAUGUGCACUCGCUGCAAUUGGCCAUUAAGCCACGACUCCCAAAGCCGCUACCAGCGCAAGCACCACUGCAACCGCCGACACUAGAUGUGAAAUGGGCGAGAGGGAUGGGGGAGAGGCUGGAGGUGGAUGAGUCGGUGCAGCAGGCAAUGGACGCGCCGUCAAUCGACUGGAGUGGGCUGGGAUAUGUGCAGGUUGUGAAGGACCACAGCGAGCUGUGCAGCGCGAUAAUGUUGCUGGCAGAUCUGCAAGAAAAAAGAAGUCCCGCGAAGCGCAUCUUGAUGUUUCCAAAGGCGUGGCUAAAGGAGACGAGCGAGGACGACUGGGACCCGCAGAUGACGACGACGAAGCGACUGCUGAGAACAGCUGCGAGACGCCAUGGUGCAAGGCUGGUACCAAUAGAGCCGGCAGAGGCUGGUGCAGAUGAGGCUCUUGCAUCCUCGUACUCAAUCGCAGCCAUGUAUUCUCUGACCACGUACGAGAGACUUAUCUACUUGCACGCGCCUGGCGUGGUGCUCGAUGCUUCGGCGCUGGACUCGCUGCUUGCUUUUUCCAAGUCCAAGCCAAUGAGUGCAUUCCCGGCGACGCCUGAGCGGAAGGAACUGUCAACGUCGCUGCUUCUCAUAAGCCCUUCGCACGAGACAUAUCAACAGCUGAGGGAGAGGCUGGUGUCGCAGCCCUCGACCGAUCUGGAGCUCUUGCGCCACGCAUUUGACACGCCAGAGUCGCUGAUUGCAGAGUCGACACUGGCGAUGGGCAACGUGGUGUACGAAUCGCAGAGCCUGCGCGACGCCAGCGACGACUUCAAUGCCACGUCGUUCAACGAGAUGACGACGUUUGUGCGGCUGCGAGAGCCCGACAUGCCCGGCCCAGAGUACGAUGUGCCGUACGCGGAGCGGGCAAGGCUGCGGCCGCAGAAUGCUCAGGCGAGGGAGGCAUGGGAGAAGGUGUACGAGAUGUUUCGGCAGCGGCGCAUGGAGGUGUGCGGGUUGGAUCUGGAGUACUGGAUGCCGCCGGCAGCCGAGCAGCCACGUGCUGCGGCGCCGGUGGAGCUGUAG